AUGCGCUCGAGAUCCAAAGACGGAGAGUUCAAGAAGUUGAAGAAGUUGAAGGGAAGCUGGCAGGCAUUCUGUGAGGUCAUUUCAGAGCGAAUUUGUCCAAGCGUGGUCGCUCACAAUGCUGCAAUCAGUGGGAGUGCGGGUAAUUGGCGCCGGACGGUUUGCCUGCUUGCAGAGGUGGAGAGGACGACCAGAGCUGACAUCAUUUCCUACAACGCUUGUAUCUGUUCAUGUAAAGGUCCAUCUGCCUGGCGGUUGCCGAGCAGUUUGCUGACCUCAAUGCAAGCACGAGCCCUUGUGCUGGACGACUACUCAUGCAACCUUCUGAUACGAAGUUGCGGGGACUGGCAACGUGCAUGGGCAUCACUUGCGUGCUGCGGUCAGUGCACUAUCGAAGUGGACAGCAUUGGCUUCAACUCCCUGAUUAGUGCAUGUGCAAGAGACCAAACUUGGCCAAGGGCCAUUCUUCUGCUGAAGAUCGCGUCAGGAUGCGGCUUGAAUUCGCAAAACACCAUACAGGAGACCAUCUCCUACAACACGGCGAUCAGCGCCUUCAGUGGCCGAGGGAAGAGUUGGACUUUGCCCCUUGCUCUUCUUGGCGAACUGCGGGCAACGUGCCUUAAAAGCAACAUGAUGAGCUUCGGUGCCGCGGUGUCAGCUCUUCGUGACAGUGACAGUAGCGGCAGUAGCGAUAGUGGCGGCAGUAGCGACAGUGGUGGCAGUGGUGGCAGUGGUGGCAGUGACCGAGGGCAAAACUGGCAGAGAGCACUGUGCCUGGAUGCAUUGGCACGAGAACGUGAAGCCCACAGCACGGUCAUUCAAAAUUCCGUGAUGUCGAUGUGCAGCUGGCGCCGUGCCUGGUCUAUGUUGCAAUGCAUUUCUUCAGGUUCCUCGCCGAGCGCAGUGAGUUUUGGCAGUGCCCUUGGGAGCGGACGGAAGGGAGGGCCCUGGCCACUGGCAUUGUGGUUCUUGGUGUGGAUGCUCGCGUGCAGGUCCACACCCAACAGGAUAACACGCAAUGCAGCUGUUGACAUUUGCAGGGGCUUGCAGGGCUCCCAGGGCUCUUGGAAGCACUGCCUGGCUAUCCUGGACUGGGAAUUCUCGGAGGGCAACAACAGAUACAGCGACAGCACUGACAGCACUGACAGCACUGACAGCACCCUGAUCUACGCCAGCGACGCCUGUGUCAAAGCCCGGAGCUGGAGGAGCGCCCGAAAGAUCCUCCAACGAAGGAGCGACGCAGGAUCACGCUCGGACCACUCGGACCCCGUCGCCGGCUCUUUGGAGAUCCUGGCGGUGGGCGCAGAAGGUGAGUGGAAGGCAUCGCUUGGCAUGUUCAGCAAAAUGCGCCGAAGGCGGAUUGAAGCCGGCUCCAUGUUCCAUGCGGUCCAUUCCGUCAUGGCAACAUCUCAGGAGUGGCGGAGCGCGCAGCAGGUCCUUGCGUGCAUGGCACUGUUGCCUAUGCAGGUAUCGCUUGCAACGUAUGCCAACGCCAUGCAGGUCUACAAACAAUCCUCCAAGUGGGAUCUUGCAGUGCAUCUGGUGCGAGAUGGCCAGGUUGAAGUGGAUAUGGCGCUGCAGAAUGCUAUGAUUGAUGCCUGCGGAAAGCUACAUAAGUGGCGGACUACUGUCGGCAUGCUCACUUCAAUGGCAUCGAGUUCGCGAGCUCGGCCUGACACUCUGAGCUGCAACGCUUGCCUCGAUGCUUGUGAGAAAGGCAGGAAGUGGAAGGUUUCCCUGGAGAUACUAAGAUCGAUGUGGUGUCAAGAGGGAGGCCCCUUUCCUGAGGCUGCAAGUGUUGAAGUUGUGUUGUCUGUUUGCGAGAGAUGCUCCAGGUGGCAGCAUUCUUUGCAAAUACUCGCAGACUUAGCAGACUUAGAAGGUUUGAACGAUUUGAGCGAUUUGAGCGAUUUGGGCGAUUUGGGUGGGGACAGGCUGGGGCACAGGCUGCCCCGCGCUUGGACUUUCGGCGUUGGUGUGCAGGCCUACUCCAGAGCGGGUCAGGGAAGGAAGGUCCCGCGAUUGCUGCAGCAGCUGUGCUACGUCGUCGAGUCGGGACUCAAGACGCUUCUUGCCUCUAGUUGA